UCGUUUAUUCCCAUGCAAAUACAUUAAUAUACAAUUAAUCAUUUCAUCCGUAUCAGCGAUCGAUAUCGAGAUUCAUUCUCUCAUUUCUCUCCCAGGUAGGCAGACCGCAGAUAGAAAGAACUAUAGCUAGCCAGAGAUGGAGGCCGCGACAGGCAUGGCGGCACCCACAGCCCCAAUAAAAGUGGCGGCAAUCUGCGGGUCUCUCCUCAAGGGCUCCUAUAAUCGUCGACUCAUUCGCUUGGCAAUUGAGAUGUCGAAGGAGACGAUCAAUGGGAUGGAGAUAGAGUUGGUGGAGGUGGCAGAUCUCCCGUUGAUGAACGUCGACCUUGAAGUCGACGGCGCAUUAGCCCUGGAGGUCGAGGAGUUCCGUCAAAAGAUCCUCCAAGCCGACGCGGUCCUCUUUGCUUCUCCUGAGUACAACUACUCCGUCACACCUGUCCUUAAGAACGCACUAGACUGGGCAUCGAGGCCACCAAACGUGUGGGCAGGGAAGGCUGCAGCUAUUGUGAGCACGGGCGGAGGCCCAGGGGGAGGAGCGAGAGCUCAGUACCAUCUCCGCCAGAUCGGGGUGUUCCUGGACCUUCACUUUGUCAACAAGCCCGAGGUCAUGCUAUCUGUGCAUAAUCCCCCGGGAAAGUUUGACGACGAUGGGAACCUGGUCGACCCGAAGAGCAAGGAGAAGCUGAGGAAGCUCCUCAUCUCACUGCAUAACUUCGCGCUUCGGCUCAGAGGCCCUUGCUAGCUAAUUAAAUAGGCAUGUUGAUAAUGCACGUGAUCAUGCAAGGCAUGCAUUUUUUUAUAUACAAGUAUAAGCUAAGGAGAAUAUUUUACUUA